AUGACGACAGGCAGCUGCUUCUGCGGGAAUGUCCAAAUUGAGCUUAGUGGCGAGCCUAUGAUAGUGGCCAUCUGUCACUGCCACGACUGCCGCAAAGUCACCGGCACUCUGUAUUCCUACAACUUCGUGUUCAAAGAUGACAACGUGAAGAUCACGGGAAAUCCCAAAGAGCUACCGAAGACGUCUGACAGCGGAGUUCGGAUCGUGAACCAUUUCUGUGGUGACUGUGGUACGCCGCUCUUCGGAUAUAAAGUAACUGCCGAUGGAAGCGCGGGUGGAUUCAGGGUCGUGCGUGCUGGUAUUUUCGAUGAUGAGAUCGUGAAUAGAUAUAAGCCAGGACACGAGGUCUUUACCAAGAGACGGGUAUGUUGGCUCGAUGCUGCGGAAGGAGCUGAGCAGUUUGAGGGGAUGGCGCCUCUGUGA